AUGAACGCCGAGGUUGACACGCUCAACGGCCUUGCGCCGCGGGCCUGCGAGCUCUGCCAUCGCAGGGACGGCCUGAUGCGCUGCGGCGCCUGCCAGGCGGUCUACUACUGUGGCCGCGAGUGCCAGGCCGCCGACCGUGAGGAACACAAAAUUCCGUGCAAAGUCAUCAAGAAAGCCCGUCUACACUACGAACGUGAAUACGAAAAGCUGCGAGACUUGCCUGGCGACUUUCUCACGCCUGAGAAGGUGUUUGAAACCCAGGUCGGCCACUUCUGGGGUAUCCUCGAGACAAGACCGUACAUGCGUGCGCGGUACGGGCUCGUCGACGCGCUGCUGCUCAGCUACGGCACCGCGGGCGGCCCCGUCGAUGUGGUCCAGACUGCGCUCGACCAUCUUCUUGACAUGCUGCGCCUGAGUCGCUCCGACAACAUGGGCGUGCGCCAGCUGGUCCCCAGUCUGUACGUCCGCCUCGGCCGCGACCAGGACGCAUACGAUUUUAUCAAGUGGAAUACCGCGACAAGUAAGGAUUCGAGCUAUGACUAUGGCGACACUAGCCUUUCGUACCUCGACAUCAAGAAUGCCGACGUGUUCGAGAGCCCUGAUGAUGCGUGGUUGAAUGAGCGCUGGAUGGAUCUCAGUCACGUGGUGGCCGUUGCACUCAUCAAGGUGCGGAUCCUGCUCGGCCUGGAGGCCAUGCAAAACGCGGAAGUCGCCCUCCGCGGAGCCGUCCCUGCCGAGAUUGUCGAGCUCAUCCGCGGUCAGCUUGUCGGCAGUCCCAUGGCCGUGCGACCUCACAUCUUGCUUACCAAGCCUACGGAGACUGCGGAGCUGACCGACGAGAUCCGCGGCCAUAUAAGAGCGCUGUAUAGGGCUGUCCAGGGAUACAACGCGCACUUCUGGAAAAUACUUGUGGAGGAGCCUGACGCAGGUGUGCUCCAGCGGCCGAGCGGGCCUUAUGGUCAGAGGACGCGGGAAGAGGCGUUGCUCAUGACCAGCUACAGCUACGCUGCGUGGUACGAGACGCCGGGGGCCGUGAGCGUGCUGCGGAGCCUGGCGAGGAUCAAUUUCAAGUAG